AUGGCUAACGACGGUUCUAUCUUAAUUCCUUUGGAACUUCACAAUUUAUUGGCCACUCCGUGGAUCAAGUGCCACUUGUACAGCCUUGGAGCUGAUCUCUUGAGACUUGCUACAUACAGAAAGUUCAACCACUUGUUGCUGCUUGGAGGAGGUGGAACAAUCAAGGCAGUGGUACAUGACAUAACUACCUUCAUAAAGAAGGAGUUGCAGAGUGACGACACUUUGCCAUCCAAGCAGUUGCGAGAUUUGAUAUUCUUGUCUUCGAACUCAAAUCUUUACCUCAAGGCUAUGAGUGAAAAUGAGAAGAUGACUUCUUGCAAUUACAAUAUUGGAAGCACCUCCAAGUGGUUGUAUAUCUUCACAGGUUAUUUACAGCUGUGCCGUUCCGAUUUUGAUGUUGAAGAGUUCACCGAUAAGAUUAUUGACAUUUAUAUCAAAUCCAAGAAGUUGUCAUACCUAGAACAUCACCCAAGGUGCAUAUUUGAUGAGCAGGAUGAAAACUCUUUUAACAUACUUAAGGACUACUUUGCCACAGUGGGAAUUAAUGAAAUGAAGUUAUACAAUAACGAGACAAAGUACAUUACUUUAUAUGAAACACAGGACAGUCAUAUCUAUUUGCCUCCAUUACCAAGAAUAAGAAACAAGGAACUUCUCGUUAAGGCGUUAAUGCACAAGGAAUCUUAUCGCGUCCUAUUGAAUCCAAACCAUAAUGUGGCCAAGCAGUUGACAGAGUUCGGGUAUGAUUUGAACCCCAAGAAUUAUAGCAUCUACCGGUAUGAGCUUUCAUUUCUUGAUGGGUUGGGUGAUUUCUUUUUGGCUCGGGAGUCAUCAAAGCUAUUGUACCAGUUGUAUCUUGCGGGUGACUACAGCAGGAUGCACUCACACAUCUACCAGAUGUUAAGAACUAUUUUGGCAACCAAUACAUUACUUUCAAAGUUAUCAAUUGCAUACAAGCUUCACAUGGGGUUGGAUGAUCCGGUUUUCACAGAUGUAAUAGCAAAGGAUUACCUCACCUAUGUCUUCUCUGGAGAGUUACACGAGCACAGAGAUGCAGAGGAGACCAGAAUUUAUGAAGAGGAGUUUCUUGGUGAUUAUUUUGAGUCAUAUGUGGGAGCAUUGUUCAUAGAACAGCCUGAAGUUGCCGAAGAAUUUGUGGCACAGAUUUAUGAAAGUAUAUUGAAGGUGAUAACUCAGACCUUACCUCCCGAAGUUAGCUAUGCCAACUGGACCUUUAGUAUUAUGGGUCGUUCUUUGGUUUUCAAGAAACCCAAGGUAACUUGA